AUGUGUGACAAGAAGGAUGGAAUGAAAGGAAUAGUGGCAGUGGCAAUAGAUAAAGAUAAAGAAAGCGAAAAUGCACUUAAAUUUGCCAUUGAUCGUCUUGUCACAAAAGGCUCAACUAUUAUUCUCAUUCAUGUCAAUGUUAAAACAUCAUCUUCUAUUUCAACCCCAAGUGAGCAGUGUUUAGUAGUGAGAAAAGAAAGCGAUGAACAAACCAAACGAAUUUUUAAACCAUACCGUACAUUCUGCGCGCGAAAAGAUAUACACAACAAGGACAUUGUACUAGAACAUGAAGAUGUAUCCAAAGCUUUGAAUGAAUAUAUUUCACAAUCAGCAGUUAAGCAUUUGGUUAUAGGCUGUUCCAACAGAAACGGUUAUAUCGACUACAAGGCAGAAACUACUCCUGGAAGAGUAUUAAAAGGUGCACCAAGUUUUUGUACAAUAUAUGUUAUUUCUAAAGGAAAAAUUCAAUACAUGAGACUGGGUUCUAGUGUAAAGCCAAAUCCAGCAAAGCCUUGUGUGUCAAUAGCAACUGAAGAACCCGAGAGGAGGUCAUUUGACGAGAAGGGUGAGGAAAAGACGAAUGAUCAGGAGGAGCCAAGUCACCGGCCAUCCUCAGAUGCUACUAGUUCUAUAGCAUCGGAGGAUGAUGUGAUGACAUUGUUGUUGAAGAUGCGAGAGGAUCAACGUGAUUAUUGGAGAUUUGCUAAUGAGGCGCACGAGUGGCACAGGAGGGUGUACAACCUUCAUUUCAAGGGUGAUAUCAUCGACAGGUCUCCUAUCUUUCCCGCCCACAUUUUGGGAGAUAUGGAGGAAGUGCAGCCUGCAAGGCAUGAGACAUCUUCCAAAGUGGCACCAUCAUCCAAAAAAAAAUCAAAAAAGAAGAAGAAUGACAAGAAGGUAAAUGUGGUAGAAACUGGCAAGACAGAAGCAAGCCAGAAUAGAGGCAACAAGAGAGAUAUGUUGAAGAAGAAAUCUCAAGAAAAGCAUAUGUUAACUCUAAAAACUCAAAUCCAGUUAAAUAUGAACAAAUAG